AUGUCUAAGAAAGUUCAAAAAGAAUUAUUCGAAACUAUCUCAAACAAAAUCUUCAAAGAAUGUUUAAUUUAAAGGCCAUCAAUUAAGGAAUUGGUUAAGUUGAUCUUCAGCUAGAAAAAAUAUUUCUAAAAUUUUGAGUAUUUAAGCAGUGGCGCUUAUUCUCUUGUCUUAAAGGCUUAUAAUUCUAAACAAAAUCGUCAAGUUGCACUCAAAUUUUUAGGGAGUUCAAAUCAAGAAGAUAAUAAUGGUAUCGAAUCUUUGAAAAAAGAGUAUGAAAUGCUUCAAAAGUUUAGCCAAUCAUAAUUUUUAGUAAAUGUUUAUGAUUGCUUUUAUUUAAUGGAAGAACAAGAAGAUGAUGGAAACGAUAUAAUCGUUUAAACUGGAGUCAAAUCCUUCUUUGUCAUGGAAAUGGAGCUUUGUGAGAAAAAUCUCAAGUAGCUCUUUGAAAUCCUCAGAAAAUAAUAAGUUCCACCUCCGAAAUAGAUGAAGGAAAUAAUAGCCAUUCAAAUGAUAGAAGGUCUGAAUAACCUUCACGUCAAAAAUAUUAUGCACAGGGAUAUCAAACCUUAAAAUUUCCUUGUUUGUCCUUCUGAAGAGUAUGGUUUCUCAAUCAAACUUUGUGAUUUAGGCUUUGCAUCGGCUGUGUCUAAAUCAAAAAGCUUCAUGUCUAAGAAAGGAACUGAUUCAUAUUUUGCUCCUGAAGUGGAAGAAGGUUAAUCUAGAAUUCAGUCAGACCUCUUUUCACUAGGUCUCGUUUUAUUAGAGCUAGACAAUCUCAAGACUCUAAAUGAAAAUUGGAUAGAUACCAAAAUAAGAUAUUAUCUAUUCAAUGGAGAAAAUAUAACUAAAGAAAAAUAUUAGAUAGAUAAAAAUUCUAAUAUUUACAAAAUAGCUUAAAUAUGCUUAAAACCUAAGUAUUUAGACAGGACUACGGCAGGAGAAUUACUUACUUAACUCAUCUAAAUGCAUGGUUAGCCAUUAAAAUUUGUAUUGACUUCUAUGAUAAUAAAGGAAUAAAUACCUAAAUAGGCACAGUAAAUAUUUGAUAGAAUUAAUCAACAAUAAAAAGAUAUGCAUAACUAAUUUGACCAGCAUGCUUAAUAGAUUCUAGAUAACACAAAUACGAAAAUUAAACAAAAAGAUUUUCAAGCACAAUUUACAAAAGUGGAAGUAUUAUCUAAUCUAUUGAAAAGUCUCUAUGAACAUAAAAAAUAUUCUAAUAACUUUCAAAUUAUUAGCUUUGGAAACUUUGGAAUGGUAUUAGCUACUAAAAAAGCCAAGCUUGACAACAAAGAAAUAGUGCUAAAAAUACAAAAAAUAGAAGAUGAAUAACUAAUCUAAAAUGAAAUUAGUAUUAUGCAGAAAUUAAAAGAACCACUAGUGGUAUAGCUUUAUGAUAGCUAUAUAAUAGAAAAUACCUUAGGAACGGAUAGAUAUUCAGUCUUUGAAUUAGAAAAAUGUUCAUGUUCAUUAGAUGAAUAUCUUGAAAGAUAAAACCAUGAUGGAUAAUUAAAUGAAGAUAACAAAUUUUAAAUAGCUAUCUAAAUUAUAGAUUCUGUCAAUUAUAUUCAUUAAUUUAAUAUCAUUCAUAGGGAUAUUAAACCAGAAAAUUUUUUGGUUUAUUUAGAUGGAAAAUAAGCCGAAAUAAAAUUAUGUGAUUUCGGCUUAUCUGCUUAGAUUCCAGAUAAUCAAGAUUCAAUUCAAACUAUAGAACACAUAGGAAAUUUAGGAUAUUCAGCACCUGAAAUAUUAAAUAAAUAGGAUAAUGAACUUAAGUUUUAUACAAAGAAAUCUGAUUCAUAUUCAGUAGGUUUAUUGCUAGCUUUGUUAGAUAAUUAUUAAGAUCUAAAGACAAAUACAACUUCAAUUUUCGCAUUAAUGACGCAAAUGUAGUUAGAUAAGCCUUUCGAAAAAUCUAAUAUUUAAAUUACCAAAAAUUCAGAAAUUUAUAAAUUUAUUAACCUUCUUGUUGUUUCUGAUAGUGAUUAGAGGGCAUCUCUUUAUGAUAUAGUAAAAUAAAGCGAUGAAAUAUUCUUUUCGAAUUCAAAAGAAAUGAAAUAAAUCCUACAAAAAACUCUUUUGAUGCAAAAUGAUCAAAAAAUAGAGCAAAAUAAGACUAUAAAAAUUGAUUGUUUAGAGGAUUUGGAUAAAAUUUAAAAUUACAAUAUUGUAACAAUAAAUUUAGGCAAUAAUAGUAUCAAUGAUAAGGAUUUAAAAGAUUUAAGCACAGCAAUAGCAUAAUGCAAGAAUAUCACAAGUUUGGCACUUUAUUUAAGAAAUAAUAGUAUAGGUGUAUUGGGUGCAAAAGAUUUGGGCACAGCAAUAGCUUAUUGUAAGAAAAUCACAAGUUUGACACUUGAUUUAGAGUAUAAUAGUAUUGGUACUUUAGGUGCAAAAUAUUUAGGCGCAGCUAUAUCGUAAUGCAAGAACAUCACAAGCUUUGCAUUUUAUUUGAGCAAAAAUAUUAUUCAUGCAUAGGGUACAAAAUAUUUAAGUACAGCAAUAGAGAAGUGCAAGAAAAUCACAAGUUUGACACUAAAUUUAAAUGAUAAUGGUAUUGCUACAUAGGGUGCAAAAUAUUUAGCGAAGUCAUUAGCGUAGUGCAAGAAUAUUACAAGUUUGGAACUUUAUUUAAGCGAUAAUGCUAUUGCUACAUAGGGUGCAUAAUAUAUAGUCAAAUCAAUAGCAUAGUGCAAGAAUAUUACAAGUUUGGCAUUUUACUUAAGGACACAUAGUAUUUGUCAUGAUUGUGCAAAAGAUUUAGGCAAAGCAAUAACGUAGUGCAAGAAUAUCACAAGAUUGGCACUUAAUCUAUAUAUUGGGGCAUAGGGUGCAAAAGAAUUAGGAACAGCAAUAGCAUAAUGCAUGAAUAUCACAAGUUUGACACUUUAUUUAUAUAAUAAUAGUAUUGAUGAUGAGAGUGCAAAAAGUUUAGGUACAGCAAUAGCAUAGUGCAAGAAUAUCAAAAUUUUGGAACUUAAUUUAUAAUAUAAUAGUAUUGGUGAUUAGGGUGCAAAAGAUUUAGGCAUAGCAAUAGCAUAGUGCGACAAUGUCAUGAAAUUGAUAAUUGAUUUAUGCAAUAAUAGUAUUGAUGAUGAGGGUGCAAAAGAUUUAUGUACAGAAAUUGCAUAGUGCAAGAACAUCACAAGUUUGGUACUUUAUUUAGAAAACAAUAAGAUUUUUCAAUCAAAACCAUAAGAAUAAAUAGAAAAAUUCAAUAAAGAAAUACCCAUUAUGAUAUAUUUCUGA